AUGAACACCUUCAUCCUCACCUGCCUCCUCUGCCUCGUACUUUACAGUGUUCUCGGCGCUCAGGGAUCUGAGGCCUCGUCCUCCGGAGAGCUAGGUACUGCGACGGGGACUUCGGCCUCUGGGGAGGGCCUCCGGGUCUUGCUGGGCGAUGCCGAUGAGGACGAUAUUGACCUGGAUGAACUUGCAAGUGAGUUUCUCUUUGAUGACAGAAAGAGACGAAAGGGCAAAGGCAAGAAGAAGAACAAGCAGAAGAGCAGGAGCACCACUGCCUCCAACCCCGGGCACCCGUUCUUCACCCAAGACCUCACAUCCACCCUUGAAACCACAGAGGACCCCUGCACCUCCACCCAUCUGGGCUACUGCAUUCAUGGCUACUGCAAGCACAUGGAGGGCCUGCGGGAGCCUGUGUGCAUCUGCAUGAAGGGUUACGACGGCGAGCGCUGCGGGAUCCAAACUCUGGAGACCAUAAGAACCAAACCAGAACAUGUCGACGACGACUUCGAGUGGGUCCAGAUGGCCUUGGUGAUCGCUGCCCUGGUUCUGUCCAUCUUCAGCUGCACUGCCGUGCUGCUCAUGGCCUGCGCACAUUACAGGUCACAUAAAAACUUUCUGGCGUCCUACCUGGGUAGCUGGUCUGAGCAACAGAAGCUGCAGAAGCCUGCCAGUGAUGUUAUGGUGUGAGGGGACACGUGAACUGGAAGGAGGCGGCCACAUCUCCUCCAGACGACCAGAAGCUGAAGAUUGAAUAAUUGCUUCAUUAGAUGCAGCAUAAACUGUCCACAAUUUAGCGUUUAAUUUAUUUAG